GCAGUGAAAGACAGAUAUAAUUUUUGGUUUUUAUGUAUAAAUUUCUGCACAAAUCAUUUUGUACAACGGCGAGCGCAGGACUCGGCAGAUUGUUGGUGAAAAUGGCGAGCGAGAAAAGCCCGCUGCGUUUCGAAGUGUUCGCGGAAUGUCAGACUACAAAAGCCAGAACUGGCAGGAUGACGCUCGUUCAUCAUCACGUAGACACACCGGUGUUCAUGCCGGUGGGAACUCAGGGAACGCUAAAAGGAUUGCUGCCACAGCAACUGGAACAACUAGACUGCCAAAUUAUUCUUGGCAAUACCUAUCACCUGGGAAACAGGCCUGGUGCAGAUACUCUGCACAAGGCUGGUGGGCUGCACAAGUUCAUGAACUGGAAAAGAGCCCUGUUAACAGAUUCGGGCGGCUUCCAAAUGGUUUCUCUGUUGCAUUUGGCUGAAAUAACGGAAGCAGGUGUCAAAUUCAAGUCACCAUACAACGAAUCUGAGUGUAUGCUGACGCCAGAACAUUCAAUUCAGAUUCAAAACGCAAUCGGUGCUGACAUAAUCAUGCAGCUCGACGAUGUCGUUAAAAGUACUUUAAACGGGCCAAGAGUGGAGCAGGCGAUGCACAGAACGAUACGCUGGUUGGAUCGUUGCUUGUCGACGCACGAGCGGCCGAGCGAGCAGAGUAUAUUCCCGAUCGUGCAGGGUGGUCUCGAUCCCGAGCUACGGUCGGAGUGCGCGCGCCAGUUAACUGAGCGAGAGGUAAACGGAUACGCUGUGGGAGGCUUGAGCGGCGGCGAGAGUAAGGACGACUUUUGGAGAAUGGUCCACCUGUCGACGAGUAUCCUUCCAAACAGUAAACCGCGAUACUUGAUGGGCGUCGGGUUCGCGGUGGAUCUAGUUGUGUGCAGCGCACUGGGGAUCGACAUGUUCGACUGCGUAUUUCCCACGAGGACAGCCAGAUUCGGUUGCGCGCUCGUGAGAACCGGGCAGCUUAAUCUGAAGCAGCCGCAAUACAGGAAGGACACCAGGCCGAUAGACGAGUCGUGCGAGUGCAGCACCUGCAAGACCUACACGCGCGCCUACCUCUACCAGAUCGCUACCAUAGAGACGGUCUCGUGCCACUUGUUGACCGUGCACAAUAUCGCGUUCCAAAUGAAGCUGAUGCGAGACAUUCGCAGUAGCAUAAGGGAGCAGAGGUUCCCUAGAUUCGUACAGGACUACAUGCUCACGGCUUAUCCCGACAAGGAUUACCCGGUGUGGAUAGUUAACGCGUUGGAGGCUGUAAACGUCACUCUGUUAUGAAAUUAGGAUUCGUACUGAAAACUAUCGAUUCCCGCUCGUCCCUUUCUCGGAAUUCUGAACUGUACGAGUACGCGUGUACCAUGUAAAUUUGUAUAAUUUAUUUUUUUAAAUGUAAUUAAUGUAAC